AUGACCUCAGUUCAGAGUGAAGAUAACUCCUCUUUAAUUUAUGGAGACGAUUUUGACGACGAUGAUGAAUCGAUCGACCUAUAUGAAUCGCAGACGACAGCAACGUGCUCUAUGGGGGACACAGCAUGUCAUAAGCUAAACAGCUUGGUAAGUCAGGAAUCUGAAUUUGACUUUGACGAGGAUCAGUUCAGUGGUAACGAAUCAGAUGACGAACUACUUGUAGAUCCAAUGACACUGAGCAAGAAGGCCCUUGACGACGAUAAAGGUGGCUCCAGCCUGAAAUAUGAAUGCUUAACUACGCAAGAUAUACUCGACAGAAUGCUCAAGCGUGUUCACCAUCUGCAGCCUGUUUUCUCUAUUCCUUCAGAGGAUAUUCUGGUAUUGAUGCAGCGAUAUGAUUGGAAUGAGGAGCGAUUACUGGAGGAAUGGACAGAGAAGAUGGAUGAAUUACUUGUAGAAGCGGGAAUCAAUACCAGCAACCCUGGUGAUAAAUUGAAUAUCACAAUGCGUGGAAUUAAGCACAGAUCAGAUUUUAAUUGUUUCAUCUGUUGCGAGGUUCGUUCAACAGAAACCUUUUCCUUGGAAUGUGGUCAUGAAUAUUGUAUUGAGUGUUAUCGACGCUAUAUUAGCGAUCGACUUAACGAGGGAAAUGUCAUUACGUGUAUGGACUGUGCGCUAGCACUGAAGAAUGAAGACAUAGAUGCUAUAAUGGGGACUCCGUCAAGUGCUCGACUUAUGGACUCAUCCAUCAAGAGUUUUAUACAAAAACACAACCGAAAUUACAAAUGGUGCCCAUAUGCCGACUGCAAGUGCAUAAUCCAUUUGAAUGAUACAAGCUAUCUACAGGAAUACACCCGCCUUCACUGUUCAAGGUUUGUUACUUGUAAGUUUUCCCACAUCUUCUGCUUUGGAUGUGGAUACGGUAUGCAUGCACCAGCCGAUUGUAAUGUUACCAUGGCUUGGGUAAAAAAGGCUAGGAAAGAGUCGGAAAACUUGAAUUGGGUCCUGUCUCAUACCAAAGAAUGCCCAAAAUGUUCUGUUAAUAUCGAGAAAAAUGGCGGUUGUAAUCAUAUGGUGUGUUCAAGCUGCAAGUAUGAAUUUUGUUGGAUAUGUAGUGGUGAAUGGGGUCCACAUGGUAGAAGCUUCUUCCAGUGCACCAUGUACAAGAAUGACGACGAAAAGCAGAAAGCUUCGGUCGAGAACAGCAAAAAGGCUUUGAAAAGGUAUACCUUUUAUUAUAGAGUAUUCAAUGAGCAUGAAGUCUCCGCUAAAUUGGACUGGAAACUGGGUCAGACAGUGGGGCAAAAGGUAAAGGCGAUGCAGGAGAAAAUGGGUGUGUCAUGGAUUGAGGGUCAGUUUCUGGCAGAAAGUCUGCAAAUAUUAAAUGAAGGACGAACGGUACUGAAGUGGUCAUUCGCAGUGGCUUUUUAUUCGGAUGCAUCACAUAAUCUAACAAAGAUAUUUGUUGAUAACCAGAUGCUCCUCUCGAAUGCCGUUGAACAGUUAUCUGAAUUACUGCAAAUUAAAAACCCAGAGACGACAAUGAAGAGAAAGUCCGAGUUUUACAAUAAAGCAGGCUACGUUAGAAAUAGAACAAGGGCACUGAUAGAGUGCGGAAGGGAUUUACUACGAAAAUGUAUAUGCAAACCAGUUGAUUGA